CAGAACUGCAGUACUCUUAAACCAUGGUACUGUACUGUGCCCAAGGGACUGGUAGCUCAAAGCGGAAAUCUCUGGUCGUCUGAAAUAGGUUCGAUUGCCACUGCCACCUUCGACGCGAGAUCUGGGCCUUCAGUGAUUCGGACAGAAGUUAAUUUUGCCCGGCGAAAUUCGUCGUUGAACUCAUUUGUGCGUUUCUGAGCCUCACAUUACUGGCAGUGAAGCGCAGUCGAUCGUCAUGGUUCUUUUGGAUGCGGAUCCUUUUCUAAAUGAGCUGACGAAGCUUUACGAGCACAAUCGCGACUCUGGCACAGUCUGGGUCACUCUCAAACGAUCAACUCUCAAACCACAUGCUAAGCGGAAGGAUGAAGACAGUGCCGAAUCUUAUCGCUGUUUAGUGAGAGCCACCGAUGGGAAGAAAAAAAUCAGUGCUUCGUUGACACUGAAAGAUCAUCAUCGAUUUCAAAUGGCUUAUGCGACUGUUUUGAAGGCCCACAUGGAUGCUCUCAAGAAAAGAGAAAAGAAGGACAAGAAGGAGAAGAAGCCUGCAGCAGUUACGAAAUCUUGAUCCAAGUAAAGGUGUAAUGACGGGGCAGAUAUCCUCUAUUACAAAAUUUACAUUCGAGCUUGUUGACAAGAAGCCAAUUCUCAGAAACUUAGUUAGAGAUAGUUCUAUUCAUCCGUAGUAAGUCGGCAUUCAACAAAGUGCAGGUCCAAAAAGUUGUGACACCCAUGGUAAUUUUUUAGGUCCCAACUGGUUUGUAGCUAAUAGAAAAAAGCUGGGGCGAAGAAGUGUGUUGGCGUUGUUUCUUCUUGUUAACCAGCAAUAGUUAGAAUGAUCAACGCGUCACCUAGUACAGUGUGCAUUGAAGAGAGAUUUGGUUAGCUCGUGAGCAUCGUAUGGCAUCGAGCUCCAAAUAGUCCGUCAGGAGCAAGUUAAUGAACAUAUGUUAUCAUCAAAAGAAGUUUCUACAUGACCAUAUUCAGCUGAACUCUUUGUUGGUACUUGCCCGUCAUACUUUAAUGUUCAACUGUUGCAAAUUGAAAUAGAGGGGGGAGAAGAAACAGUUAGGAUCAAAUGAAGAGGGAAGAUUUGUCCUAAAACUAAGAGAUCAGUAGAAUGUCUCGCCAUUAGUGGGGCUUCUUUGAAGCUUUUCAUGUCAACCAUGAACCGUGUCGCUUAGCCAAGUUUGUUUGCACCAAAAGAAGUAACUGGAAGAAGCUUCUUCCAGCUUCUAUGUGUUGUGUACUUCGGUUAGCCCCGGUAUAUUGUACCACCAUCGUUGGUAGUAAGAUAUUGCACGGAGUAUAUGACCGGUGUUGCACGCAACCAGUCAGUCAAAUUCAUGAAGACUUUGACUGAGUGGUUAACUUUGACAGGGAAUUUAUGGUUGAUUACGGAGUAUCCCUUACAAAGUGCAGAUUCGUUGAGUAACCUUAGUUAUUUAGAAGUUGUAGUACCUCAGUUAAACUUCAAAG